AUGCCGUCCGCAACCUCAGACACCCUCCCCCAUCCCUUGGACCCACUCAGCACCGGAGAGAUCGAGUCAGCUAUCGGCAUCGUCAAGAAGGCACAUGGCGAUGUCUUCUUCAAUGUCGUCUCACUCCACGAGCCGCGCAAGGCGGAGAUGACAAAAUGGUUAGAAGACACAGCCAGCGCACCCCGGCCACAGAGGAUUGCAGAUAUCGUUGUUAUUGCUCCGGGCGGCAAAGUCUACGAUGGACUGGUCGACCUCGCUGAUGGCAAAAUCACGAAAUGGGAGUUGUUGGACGGGCUUCAACCUAUCAUUACGAUGGAGGAGCUUGUUGCCGUUGAGCACAUCUGCCGCAAGGACCCCAAAGUGAUUGAGCAGUGCGAGAUCAAUGGCAUCCCGAAAGAGGAUAUGCACAAGGUCUACUGCGACCCGUGGACCAUUGGGUUCGAUGAGAGGCACGGCAGCAAGAUCCGACUUCAGCAAGCCUUGAUGUACUACCGCCCAAAUGUGGACGACUGCCAAUACCAGUAUCCCCUGGACUUCUGCCCUAUCUAUGACGCCGAGAAGGAGACCAUCGUCGCCAUCGACAUCCCCAAGGUCCGAAGACCACUCAGCAAGGCUGCACCUAUCAACUACCAUCCUGCUGGUGUUGAGAGCGCUGGGGGCUACAGGAACAACAUCAAGCCUAUCAACAUCACCCAACCUGAGGGCGUGUCGUUCACAAUGAGUGGGCGAGAGAUCGAGUGGCAGAAUUGGAAGUUCCACAUCGGGUUCAACUACCGAGAAGGCAUCGUGCUGAACAACAUCACGUUCAACGACAAGGGAACUGUUCGACCCAUCUUCUACCGUCUCUCUCUGGCUGAGAUGGUAGUACCAUAUGGCAAUCCCGAGCAUCCUCACCAGCGCAAGCACGCCUUCGAUCUCGGAGAGUAUGGUGCCGGAUACAUGACAAACAGCCUGGCCCUUGGCUGUGACUGCAAGGGUUCCAUCCACUACCUCGACGCUGAAUUCCCCACGAGGGCUGGCAGCGUCCGGACCAUCAAGAACGCCAUCUGCAUCCACGAGGAAGACAGUGGUAUCCUGUUCAAGCACACCGACUUCAGAGACGAGUCGAUGAUUGUUACGCGAGCUCGAAAGUUGGUCAUCCAGCAAAUAUUCACUGCUGCGAAUUACGAAUACUCCAUCCAGUGGAUCUUUCACCAAGAUGGCACCAUCCAGCCAGAGAUCAAACUCACCGGUAUCCUUAACACUUACGCAAUGGGCCCAGAUGAAGACACGCAGGGUUGGGGCACUCAGGUCUACCCGGGCGUCAAUGCCCAUAACCACCAACACCUCUUCUGUCUUCGCAUAGAUCCUAAUGUGGACGGGCCGAACAAUACUGUGUUCAUGGCCGAUACCGUACCAUCAGAUGCCCCAGUCGGCAGCCCGGAGAACUACUACGGGAAUGCAUUCUACGCCAAGCGAACGAAGUUGACCACCACAGGCGAGGCAAAGACCGACUACAACGGCGACACCAGCCGGACGUGGGACAUCUGCAACACGAGCAGGUUGCACCCCUACAGCAAGAAGCCGUCGAGUUACAAGCUCGUCAGCCGAGAGGUGCCAAGACUGCUACCGAAGGAGGGUUCACUAGUAUGGAAGCGAGCCGGCUUCGCGCGCCACGCUGUGCACGUCACCAAGUACGACGACGACCAGCUCUGGCCCGCAGGCCGCCACGUGCCGCAGACCUCCGGCGAGCCGUCGCUCGGGCUGCCGGAGUGGAUCGGCAAUGGCCAGCAGUCCAUCGACGACACCGACGUCGUGCUGUGGCACACGUUCGGCGUCACGCACAUACCCGCGCCCGAGGACUUCCCCGUCAUGCCCGUCGAGCCCAUCACGCUCCUGCUGCGCCCUCGCAACUUCUUCGCCAGCAACCCCGUGCUCGACGUCCCGCCCAGCUUCUGCAGCACCCCGAGCCAGGUCGCCGCCAAUGGGAAGGGCGUUACCGAGGCGGCGGAUCGGAUGAGUCGGUUGGCUUUUGGGGAGGAGAAGGCGAAUGGCAGUGUGAACGGUAUCGGCAAUGCCAAUGGCAAUGGGUGCUGUGGUGCUGAUGGGGUUAACGGUACUAACGGUACGAAUGGUGCGAAUGGCCAUUGA